GUGUGUGUGUGUGUGUGUGUCACAAGGGGCGUGUGCGUUGCCAAGUGAACAUUGACUGGAAGAUAACCCGCAAAUACCUGUAUAGCUCACUCUUCAGGUUGCACACACAGAUAAACCACCAGCAUGGCCGCCACCGACACCCUACCACCGCACCUGUCCAGGUAUGGACUGAUGGGCUGCUGCGAAGGUAAGCAAGGGUCAUCGUGGUCCAUUCUGGCCCUGGAGUCGGUGAGCACAGAGGUGAGGAUCCGCGGCUUCGUGGCCCAGGUGUGCGCCAAGCUGGUGUACCUCAACAACUCCCCCGAGACUCUGCAGGUGCAAGCCGUGUACCCCGUGGACGAGGGCGCCGCUGUGUACCAGUGUGAGGUGUGCAUUGGAGGCCGAACCAUCGUCACUCACUGCAUGGAGAAGAAGAAGGCCGAGAAGGAGUUCGAGAAGGCGGUGAAGGCGGGUCAUCGGGCUGUGAUUGCGCGGGAGCAUGGCGACUCUUGCGACAUCUUCAAGCUGAACCUGGGAAACUUUCCGUCAGCGUCGCGUGCCGAGAUAACUCUCAAGAUGGUGAUGGAGCUAAAGGUGCAGACAGACGGAGGGAUCAGCUUCGUCUUGCCGACUGUGCUCAACCCGCGCUACUGUCCCCCCGAUACCCCUAUGCGGGAUAUCAGCACUCGAGCUAUCCUGGGAUUACACAUCGUCCACGUGCCGAAGCCCUACAGCAUUGACGUGAAGGCGACGGUGAGCGGCAGCCACAAGAUUGCCCGCAUCAUCUCCAGCACCGACGGCAUCAUCACCACCCUUGCCGACGAUGCCCUCUCUGCCCAGGUGGGCCAGGACGGAGGCUUCAAAUGUGACCAUGACUGGAGUUUCCUGGUCUACUACAACAACCCCUACGCACCCCACCUACUGCGGGAGACUGGCGACCGCUCAGCCACGGGCCUCAUGAAGGACGACCUCCUCAUGCUCAACUUCUUCCCGGAGGUCCCGGAAAACACUUACUCCAACAAGAACGAGGUCAUCUUUAUCAUUGAUCGCUCUGGGAGCAUGCAGGGCGACAAGAUCAAGAAUGCCAGGACAACGCUGCUCCUGUUCUUGAAGAGUCUGCCGGCCGGGUGCCUCUUCAACGUGGUCAGCUUCGGCAGCGAUUACUCUCUUCUCUUCCCUGAAGGAAGUCGCACAUACACCGAGGAGACGCUCAAGAUCGCCCUCAACCUCCAGGCCACGAUGGACGCUGACAUGGGCGGCACGGAGAUCCUGAAGCCACUCCAGAGCAUCUACUCCAAGCCUCUCAGACCUGGCUACUACCGACAGAUCAUCCUGAUCACGGACGGGGAGGUGUGGAACGUUAGUGAGGUGUGUCAGCUGGUGCGCCGCCAUGCCCACGAGACGCGGCUCUUCUCCGUCGGGGUGGGACACGGCGCGUCCACGGCCCUGGUGCGCGGGACAGCCAGGGCCGGGCGGGGGCGCUCGGAGAUGGUGGCCGAAGAAAGUCACCUGCAGCAGAAGGUGAUGGGGCUGCUGAGCUCCAUGCUGCAGGAGAGUGUGCAGGAGGUGACCAUUGCGUGUGAGGUGGAGCCACCCACGCAGGUCAAACUGGUGCCCAAGGUGCCGCCCGUCAUCUUCGGCGGCCAGCACCUCAUCCUCUACGCCCGGGUGCCAGCCACGACCCAGGUCAAGAAUGUAACAGUGCGGGGUCAACUUGGCACCAAGCCUCUGCUCAGCACGGUGGAGGGCCAGCAGGUCACCACAGUGCAUGACGAGGCCAAGUCGCUUCACCGCCUGGCAGCACGGGCCCAGCUUCUACAGUGGGAGCUGGAUGAAGAGGAUGACGUCGCUGAGGACAUGGUCUUACUGAGCACGGCCAGCGGUGUGGUGUGUCAGCGCACGGCACUUGUCGGCAUUGAUCAGGAGUCGGGGCAACCAGUCGCUCAGUCUUCCACAGUUGAAGAAAUGCAAGAGGAAUAUACCAAUGUUUUUAGAGGUGGUGGCGCUCCACGGUCAGCUAUGAUGUGUCGUACCAAGAAAUCAACAGCACCAAAGUCGGCAUUCAACAGUUUUGGCCGUGCCAGUGAGCCCCCUGCACCACCGCAACAAGGGGGACCUGCACCCUUCAGCUUUUGCUCUGCAGCGGAACCGUUCAGAGAGGCUCCAGACACUGCUGACGGAGGAGACUGUGAAGGACUGCCAGCGAACAAGUCUGCGUUGGGUGUGGAGUCGGAGUCGGUGGAGUCGGCUACUUGUGGCCGGAGUCGGAGGAGUCGCAGUCGGAGUCGGUCCCGGGAUCGCUCAGUGAUUGUAGAUUCCCCGUCCCCUUCACCUGUGGAGCAACCUUCAGGCCUCCUGGGGGUGGUCAGCCUGCAGCAGUUUGAUGGGUCAUGGACCCUGAAGGAUGCUGCAGAGCUUACUGGCAUGCCCUUUGAUGCCCUGUCUGCCAGUAACCCUGCCAAGGGCGAGGUGGCCUGGGCCACGGCCUUGGUGCUGGUGCUGUUGGAGAGAAAGUAUGGCCAUCAGAGGGAGCAGUGGGCCCUGCUGGCCACCAAAGCACAGACCUUCAUCACAGGCUGUGGGGAGCAGGUGGAGGAGCUGCUGGCCAAGGCUCGCGACACCCUCCAGGCCCAGUGAGCGGCGACGGCAGCAGCGGCAUCUUCUGUGUUGGCAGGCACCAGAGUAAUUAUCAAUUAAAAUGACACCCUACUUCUCUCCCCAGUCGUGUUACAUACUUACUAGUUGUCCAAGAUAUUGUUGUUUAACAUUCCCCCCCCCCCCCCCCCCCAAGUCACGUAUUCAGACACUUCAGUUUCCAACCGUUAGCCCGCCCUAAGGAGUCUAAAGAAAGAGGAGGGACAAUAGUGCCCCCGAGAUGGAGGAAGCGGACUACUUAUCUAAAGCAGGGGUUCUCAAAGUGUGGUCCGUGUACCCCCAGGGGUCCGUGGCACUUUGAUAAGGGGUCCGAGAAAUCUAGCGAAUUUAGCGGUAGAUGCAGUCGUCUUUUGAGAGACAUCUGGUAACACUGGUUGAAUGUCAACCACCGGCAGUGUACAUCCAGCGGCCGUCAAGAGCGUAUGUAUCACGAGUCUUCAGGUAAAAAAAGACUUAGUUAUCAGGCGGUUGCGAGGAUAAAGGUGAACAAUCCGCAGAUAGUAGCCACACACUACAUGCUGCAGAGGCAGGCUCUCGCCUCGAAAGACAUUGCCUAGACCUGCA